UCGACUGGUAGGAGGGUCUCGGGAGGGUUCAUUACGCCCCGGGGUGUAUGCCCCGACCGCCUGCGUGGGGGUAUAAAAGGGACGACGGCGCCGACCAGCUACAGACGCUGCUGGUUCUCGACAACAGAGACUUGUGCAACACUUCACCAUGAAGCUGUCCCUGGUGGUGUCUCUGCUGCUGGCGGCCGCCGCCGUCUCCUCCGGUUGGGCGCAGGACGUGGAGCUCGGCGAGGACUACGAGCUGGUGGAGAUGGACGUCCUGCUGCCGGAGGAGGAGGGCAGCGGCAUGCUCGUCCGCCAGGAGCGCGAGGAUCACGAGGAGCAUGAGUACCACGAGGGCCACGAGGAACACGAGGAGCAGGAGCAGGAGGAGGAGGAGGGCAGCGACACGGUUGUGGCUGAGGAGCAGGAGACUGAGGGAGACGGUGACUUGGAGGGAGCUGACUCGUUCUACCGCCGUACCUUCUUCCGUCCGCGCUUCUUCUACAGGCGUUUCUACAGGCCGGUGCACUUCCACCGCCCUGCCCACGUGCACUACCCUCGGUACCGCGUGAGGCCCUACUUCCGGUGGUAGAUCACUGGUAGUUAUCCGCAGUUUCAACGAGCUGACAUGAGAUGUUGGGCUCUGUCGCCGCCCAGAAACUCCUAGGCUGGUUAACGAUUUCACCGAGGAAAUUUGGGCGCCCAAUGACCCUGCUGUCGAUGCGCCCUAAAAUCCCAACUCGCAUUCAAGGAAUCUCAGGGAAAGUUGUGUCAUGCAAACGGACGGUUGUGCGGUCCUGGUGUGCGUUUUGUGCUGACUGAUUGUCUUUCUUCGUGCUUUGCUGGAUUGUCGGUUGAUAUGAUGUGCGCUGCUUUGAUGUUGUGUCAUCUUGCUGGUACGUUUUACAAAGAAAUGGCGUUUGUGGAAGAUGUUGAAUAAAUGACUGAUGUCGAGUACGA